AUGGAGACCGACAACGGCGCGCGCGUCGUCAAACGAGCCAGAACCGAGCUCGUCCCGAAGCACGAACGAGAGAAGCAGCGUCGAGCCAGAGAAUCGCAAAGGGACUAUGGCCGCGGGCGCAAGGUCAAUGUGAAGGGAAUCAAAGACAAGAAAUUGCGCAGCAAUCUCAAGGCCCUCGAGCACAAAUACAAGGAGGCUACUCUGAAGGCGAAGGAUGCCGAGAUCCUCUUGGAGAACACGAGCGGCUUCCUCGAGCCCGAACACGAGUUGGAAAGAACGUACAGAACCCGACAGGACGAGAUUCAACAGAACGUCUCCGUCGAGACAGCGAAGAAGCGGUUCGAGCUGAAGCUUGAUCAGCUUGGUCCUUACGUGUUCGACUAUUCGAGGAACGGCCGUGAACUGCUGAUCGGUGGUAGAAAGGGUCACGUCGCCUCAUUCGAUUGGAGAUCGGGCAAGCUCAACUGCGAGCUACAGUUAAACGAAACUGUUCGGGACGUUCGGUGGCUACACAACAAUCAAUACUUUGCCGUCGCGCAACGGAAACAUGUAUACAUAUACGAUUCGCAAGGUGUUGAGCUGCACUCCCUCAGGAAACAUCAGGAUGUCACACACCUCGAAUUCAUGCCUUAUCAUUUCUUAUUGGUCACCUUAGGGUUGACUGGGUUCAUCAAAUGGCAAGAUACCUCAACUGGGCAAAUCGUCUCUGAGAUAGCGACAAAACUUGGAGCGCCAGUAUCCCUCGCUCAAAAUCCCUACAAUGGCAUAUCCCAUGUCGGCCACAACAACGGGACUGUGACGCUGUGGUCGCCGAAUUGUUCCUCCGCCGAGGGUCCUUUGGUAAAGCUAUUGGCUCACAGAGGCCCCACAAGGGCUUUGUCUGUUGACAGAUCGGGCCACUACAUGGUGAGUGGUGGCGCCGAUAAUAAGAUGGCUGUCUGGGACAUUCGAAUGUUUCGAGAAGUUCAGAGCUAUUUCACGCACCAGCCCGCUUCGAGUAUCUCAAUUAGUGACCGCGACGUGACGGCAGUGGGAUGGGGCACAUCGACAACAAUGUGGCAGGGGCUUUUCUCGAAGCAUGCUACUGAUCAGAAGAAGGUCCAAAGUCCUUAUAUGACAUGGGGUGGAGAAGGGAAGAGGAUAGAACGGGUGAAAUGGUGUGCGUUCGAGGAUGUUCUGGGUAUCGGGUCAGAUGAAGGAUUCAGUUCGAUCAUCAUCCCUGGCGCGGGUGAACCUAACUUCGAUGCCCUUGAAGUGAAUCCAUUCGAGACCGCCAAGCAACGGCAGGAGACUGAAGUCAAAACACUUCUGAAUAAGUUACCACCCGACAUGAUCGCGUUGGACCCCAACUUUGUUGGAAACCUCGACCUUCGAUCCGAGAAGCAGCGUCAGGAUGAGAAGGAUCUGGAUGUCAAACCCGUGGACGUCGAGACCGAGAUCAGAAACAAGGCACGAGGCAAAAAUAGUGCCCUCCGCAGAUAUCUCCGAAAGCAAAGGUCGAAGAACGUCAUCGACGAAAAGAGACUCAAAGUGGAUGAGAUCUGGAAUGAGCAGCAGCAGCAACGGAAUGAGAAGCAUAAGGAGAAGCAAGUCGAGCUUGGUCCUGCCUUGGCAAGAUUCGCGAAGAAAGAGUAG